UUUAGCCAGCGGUCUACCGAUCGCAUUUCUCACCUAUCAGGCGUUUUCCCAACGUCUUUUGGGGGACAAACAAUCCCCCAUCUAGCUUAUUAUUUUCCUUUUCUUAAUUUUCUUCAAUUGUUAUACUUGAAUUGAUUUGUUGAAGUUUAUUUUUUCUCUUCUGUCGUUGCUAAUCAUGGAGUUGUAAAGAUGGCGUCCGUUGAAUUUCGAGUUUCACCUUCGCCAAAAGGGGCGACCUUUAGGUUCAAAACGCUAUUUUAUUUGUGGGGGGUAAAUGUCACAGGAAGUUUUAGAGAACAUGGACAGGAAACCCGGUAACCGCACCUCAUCAGUACCGCCAAAAGGAAACGGAAAUGAAAACAAGAAAUCUGACAGUGGCACUCAGAAACAGUAUCCGAGAGCACCAAAGAGGCGUGAAGGGUACAGUAAUAGAUCCCAGAAUGAGCAAGGGGUGCGAAGGCCAACUCCACAAAAAAGUAGGGGGAUGGAGGAUAAACGCCCUAGAUCCCGCGGGACCUACAGGGAAAGAGAAGACGUGAGUGAUCAGUACCAAGAUUACGAAAAUGUCUUGAACUCCCGUCGAAAGGUGAACCUGAACCACCUGCUGAAUUUCAGCUACAAUGAACCAGAACGUCACCAUGGUGAUGGAUAUACUGGUCGUUCGAACAGGUCCCGGGUCAGGAAUCUCCGAUACAACAAAGAACAGUUUCUACAGGCCAAUUGUCAGUUUGUUGUCAGCCAGAAGGGAGACUACACCAUACACAACCAUAAUCCUGAUACACUUGUAGACUGGGAUUCUGUUGAGCUCAUUAGAGUUCAGAGCUCGGAGACCUCAUCCUGUCCAAUAUGUCUGCAAUCACCUGUUGCUGCUAAGAUGACAAGGUGUGGACACAUCUACUGCUGGGCAUGUAUUCUACAUUACCUGGCCCUGGGAGAAAAGACUUGGCGGAAAUGUCCCAUUUGUUACGAGUCCAUACAUGACAAGGAUCUGCGCAGUGUUGAGAGUAAGGAGGUUCACCAGUACAAAGUAGGGGAGACAAUUACACUACGUCUGAUGAAGCGUCAGAAAGGAAAGGUUUAUGCCCUGCCAAAGUCCUGUAAGGAUAAAGAGCUCGGCAAAUUCUUUUCUGUCAAAGAUUCUGACCUAGAGACACGCUACAUGAAGAUCCUUCUAGCCUCUAAGGAAGAGAUAAGGAAGCAUGUGUUGUCAGUCGAGAGGACUGCUCUUGAAACACAGAAAGUGGAUGCUGAGAAUUCUGAGAUGCCUUUUAUUGAUGGUGCUCUCGCAAUGCUUAAGGCAAGAGAAGAUGCCAAUGAGUGUUUUGUAUCUAGGAAAAUAACGACUCAGAAGGCUGCAGAACCCCAAAGUGAUAUUAUUCCAAUCCCAGUAAAACCUCUUAAAACAGGAAAGGCUGCCAAAGUAUACAAGUCUGCAUUCUCUGAUGAAGAAGAUGAAACUGCAGAGAAAAAAACUAAGGAGAGACAUACCUCUGAAGAAAGUUUAGGUUCCCCAAAAGGUUCACCCCACUCAGAAGGAAUUGGCAAGUCACCUGUGGAUAUUUCCUCACUGGACACAUCAAACAACUCUGUUCCUACAGACAUAUCCACAGUGUCGGGGUCUCCGGAGAAUCCCUGUACAUCAUUGCCCCCUGGGGUGAUGGCCGACACUAUGCCAACAGAGGAGGCUGCUGAACAUCUGGAGAUGCCUUCCCAUCCAGAUGUGGUGUCGCCUAGCAGUAAGGCAGGUGGUGGAGCUGACGGUGCGUUCUACUUCUACCAGGCGGAGGAUGGGCAGCAUAUUUACUUGCACGCCCUGAAUGCCCGCUGUUUGGUGAAGGAGUAUGGUGCUCUGCAGCACUGCCCAGAUACCAUUACUGCUACCAUUGUUGAAAUGGAGAACAUCUUCAUGACGGAGGAUCUGCGAAAGAGAUUGCGAUAUCUAGGACAUCUGCCUCUCACCUGUGAGUUCCAGGUGGUUGAGCUAGCAAUCAAACCCCCAAUCAUAUCCAAGGAAACGUUAAAGUUCUUUUCAGAUGACAUUGAGAAGCGUCGUCGCAUGCGACAGAGAAAACACCGAGAGGAGCGUCGCAGGACAAAGAAAAUUCAGGAUGAUGAAAAGAAAAAGAUGGGAAUAACUCCAGAUGUGACUAUUGUUCCUAGUCAGUUUGUACCAGGAGUGAUGUCGGAGAAUCGCCCAUCUUCACCUGCAGCCCAAAGUGAUGACAGUAACACCUCUUCCAUGGCUCACUCCCCGCUUGACAGCGGAUCAUACUUGAACCCACUUUGUCCUGAUUUCCUUUCCAGAACAGAGGCAGACGUGGAAACAGAAGGUGACCAGACAACCAGUGUGUCAUUUGCCCAGAUGUUGAUAGCUGGGAAACGCCAAGUGCCUGUGUGGCCAAAGGCUGCUGCAAGAGGUGGUGACACAGCCUCUGUCAUUGCCAGAGGACGGACCGUUAGUCGUGGAAGUGAGGAUAGUGAUCCUGAGGACAAGGUACCUGUACCAGAAUACCACAACUCAUUUGGAGAUGCCUUUCAGACUGCCCUUGAUAAUUUGCACCAACUUUCACCAAAAGGUGAUGUGGAAUCCAAUCCUCCUCAGGCGACUUCAGGAGGUAAGAAGAAAAAGAAACAACAAAAACUGCUAUUAUUCUCAACAUCCAUGGCUCGUGGAGGCAAAUAGGACUUCUUUGUGACCUACCAGGGAUAGUUUGGACUUUUUAUUAUCACAGAAGGAAAUUUGUUCUAUCAAUAACCCUAGCUUGAAGUUAUUAUAAAACACAACAUAAGUGAAAAGAUAGGAAGGGUUGGACAAUGGUUUUUGAUGGUAGAUUCUACAGUAUGGGUUUUGGUGUGACUGGAUAAACCACCUUGACUUCAUGGAUUUGGUCCUUUGUAGUUGUUUCUAUGGCCCUGAUGGCAUGAUCAUAUGGUGUGAUAAAGCUAAUUAUCUUGUUUAGUUUUCCCUUAUAUUCUCUAGCUUGUGUUGUAUGACCACACAAAGUGAUGACUUAUGAUGUUUUAUUCAUGACCUGUUUUGAGGGAGCAUAAGUUCAAACUACUGUCUAUCAGUAGGGAGACACAUUAGGUUCUGUUGUUGUUUUUCAAAAAUGUAUAUGGUUGCUAAUGAUAAACAUUUGAUAUAAAUGCCUCAUCACUCUCCAUCAAACUUUCAAAUUUUAUUCACCGCCGAGGAAAAAAUAUUGAAAGCAAUAGAAAUGUCUGUACUUUUUAUUUGAAUGUGAACAAUAAAUUAUCAUGACAAAUUAUAUACACAUGUUUACAUAAACUGUUUGAAUUGUUUUGGUAACAUCAAGCAGGUUGUCUGCAUGUUAUUCAUAGAUAUUUUGAUGGUUUUUGAUAAAGUGAGAGUAAAAAUAUAUAUAGUUUGAAAAAGAAAGAAAAGGGUUAAAAAAUCAUGGAAAGGGCAUUAUAUUGGAAAAGGUUCUAUGUAAUAGAAUGUGGCUAAUUUAGAAUAGUUAAGAGUUUACCAUGGUAUACCGACAAUAUUUUGUAUACUGCCAGUGAGUCCUAUGCAGCAUUCUGUACAUGAUGCUUUCUUUAUAUGUUAUAUAUAUAUUACAUUUUUGUUAAAUUUUUCAAAAUGUUUUUUUUUUAUCUUUUAUUUUUUUUUUUUUUUUUGUUCUCCCACUGCCAAUAUAUUGUUAAAAGUGCAGUAGAGAUUGGUAUGGGUUAAUACAAAGUUCUCGGGUGCUUUCACUGAAGCUGAUGGUUGAUUGUAGUAUUUUAUCACAUCACUAAUAAUGACUGUACAAGAUUUAUAAAAUUUGACAAAUUCCUUCAACAGGGCUACUUAUACCUACAAUGGUUAAUGUCCUCAUGGCAUUUUCUGUCAAUAUUUAUCAAAUCUGAUCUAUUCAUUUCUUUUAAGAGCAACAGGAGUUCGUCUGUUGCUCAAUAACAGUUGAAAUUUUGAUAAAUUUGUCAAAUAUUACAAAUUCAGUAUUCUGUUAAGAAACAUAUGUGCAUGACCUGUGGGCAUUAAUGGUAACACAAGGUAACUGAUAAAAAUGGAUGACAUACACUGCCUUUAAGAUGAGGGAUAUUUCAGGAGAACACAGUGAUGAAGUGGAGGUGAGGGAUAGGAUAUUAUAUAUAUAGGUGGUUUUGUUUCUGCUAUAUUCUGCUAUAUGUAUGAGGUCGUUAGAUUAGUUGAAUUUGAAUAUCGAGGAAUGAAAUCCUGAAAGUUUGACUUGGUGUGGAUGUAGUAAAAGUGUAUUAUUUUGUCAGAAAUAACUGUUUAUUCAUGUUAACCCCAUUGUGAAAAUGUUUGUAGGUUUCCAUUUACAAAUCAAUUUAACCAAAUUUGUCACAAUAAGGUAUCUUAUAACAAAGUAUGAGUCCUAUUGUGUGAUGAAAUUUCUUUUGUAAAAAUCAUUUUUUAUUUAAAGAUUCCUUUUGAGAAUUGAUAAGGAUAUUAGUUAGAUGGACAAAUGAAUACUUGACCUUUUUCAGAAAAAAUUCCAGAAAAUGUACAUCUUUAGGUAUAUUCUAUAGUUCAACACAAAGUAAUGAACAGGGGGAGGUGAUAUGACAAAAAGUUUCUGACAGUCUACACUAUGGCAUAAUUAUGAUUUGGACUAAUAGUAACUGGAGUUCUUCUGUUACCCACACUUUGUCAUUAUUUUACUUGAGACAUUGGAAGAUUAAUGGUAGUAACAACCCAGCUGUGAUGUUGUUUAUAGUGUUACCUGCCUUUCACAUGUUUCCCCGCAGAGUUUAUCAAUAAAAACUUUAAAACUUCAAAA